AUGGGUACUGACGUUGCUGUAAAUAUCAUUGUCAGUCAUCUCGAUAAUGCUGAGCAUGCUGAGCAGUGGCUGUUAUGUGAUGAUGCUGAGCGUGCAGUGACUCUUGAGAGAGUCCGUGGCAUAUUUCUCUCGCUGAUCAAAAGCAACAAGACUUUUGCAGCUAGACUUGUUCAUUUGGCGAUACAAUAUACCAUUCAUCAGUUUGAGGGUAUAAUUUCGCCGUCCCAGAUUAGGUGUCAUGGCCUGGAAUCCCCUAAGAUUAUAUGCUUUUUGGGAGCUUCUAAGCUAGAAGAACUUCAUGAAUUCUUGAAACUGCUGGCUCGUACUUUUGGAGCAAGUGAACAUUCUGAUGUAGAUGGCUUCGUUGAUGUUGAGCUUAGCAGUAGUGCUCUUGGCAUCAAAGAGAGGAUAACUUUUAGUGAUGACUUCUCGUGUCUUCUUUUAGAUGAGCAACAGCUUAAUAUUACCAAUCAAUCUUCCAGCAUUGAUGUGUACAAAUAUGAUGUGCCUAUGAUUGGAAAAUGUUUAGAGUUGUGGACAAGUGUAAGAAAGUCUCAAAGAGGAAAAGCAGAACAACUUAUUGGGGAAAUUUGUGAAGAAUGUGCCUACUUUUCAACCUCGAAUUAUAGAAUAACUGAGCUUUCAAGCAAGAUGGAAGCAAUUCAAACUCUUGACAACAUAUGUCUUCAGGAAACUAAGAAUAGGGACCAAUGUCCCGAGCAUGUAGAACAGCAUUACAUGAACCAUUAUGGGACCCUGUUAUCCACUUGGUAGAUUGUAAUGAUACUGCUAGUAAAAUUGUGGCAGAUUCUGUAUAUGAUGUUUUGACUAAAGAGCUUGCAGAAGAAGAAAUAAGGAGACCUCC